AUGUACGUGGGAUCCUACAGUAACUUCAACAGUGUAAUGAACGUAGGCAAACCAGAGAUAUGGUUUCUGCAACUUGAAGCUCGUUUUUAUCUUCAAGGCAUAACUUCGCAACUGGACAAGUAUUAUAUUGCCUUGACAGAACUACCUGACUCUGCAGCAGUUGAAGUCGUUGAUCUGCUCGAAACAGUUCCAGAGGAAAACCCGUAUGACCAAUUGAAACAAACAGUUAUCACACGAUUGACCGAGGUUCACAAAGCUCAUAUUCGAAACCAACUGAAGUUUUUUCGAUUGGCCAACAUGCAGCCGUCAGAACUUCUGACGCGGAUGCGAGAGGUGGUUAAAGACUCAAUCGAUGAAGCGGAACUGUGCCAGACGUGGACGAAGUGCCUGCCGAAGGAGACAAGGCGCAUCAUCGAGGACUUUGGUAAGGGCAGACCUCUCGAUAAGCUGGCGGAAAUGGCUGAUCUUGUGCACGCGGACUUGGCAGCAGCAGCUAAAUACCAGAUCCCGCAAUUAGGCGGAGCCAUAGAAACAAAUGCUCUCAGUUUCGCCGUAGCUGAAAUAGGAAAAUUGACAGAGACGUUAAACAUGUUCUUGAAACGUCUGAAGAGAGCACAAUUAAAGUAA